AUGGCCUAUCCUCCGCGAGAUGCCUUCCAAAUUGGCUGGAUUUGUGCUCUUCCGAUCGAGGCUGCAGCCGCCGCCGAAAUGCUAGAUGAGCACUUUGGGAUUCUCGAGGAGCAAGAUGCAGCGGAUUCGAAUACCUACACGUUAGGCCGAAUCGGUAAACAUUUUGUCGUGAUCGCCUGCCUCCCUGGAGGCCAGUACGGAACCACCUCUGCUACUACGGUCGCAAACAACAUGCUUCGCACCUUCUCCAAGUCACUUCGAAUCGGACUGAUGGUCGGUAUUGGGGGUGGAAUUCCUUCAGCUGCUCAUGAUAUCCGCCUCGGCGAUGUCGUGAUUAGCUGUCCCCAAGGCACUUGCGGUGGGGUGAUUCAAUAUGAUAUGGGCAAGAUUAUCGCAGAUGGCGAAUUCGAACGAACUGGCUCGUUGAACAGUCCGCCGAGGGCACUAUUAACCGCAGUUGGCACGAUGAGAGCUGCCGGGCUGAGAGAUGACCCCCGCUACCCGGAAUAUCUCCAAAACGCGAUCGGAAGAACCGCUCGAACUCGGAAAAAUUUUGGCCGGCCUACUGCACAGUCUGAUCGACUCUUUCAGGUGAACCAUGAUCAUCCUACUAGUGCGAGCAGCUGUGAUGGAUGUCCAGCGGAAUGGGAACAGACCAGAGGUGAACGCGAGGACAAUGAUCCACAGCCCCAUUACGGUAUCAUUGCUUCUGGUAAUAAGGUCAUCAAGCACGGGCGAUCAAGAGACCAGCUUCGUUCGGAUACUGGGGCAUUGUGCUUCGAGAUGGAGGCGGCUGGUCUUAUGCUAGACUUUCCCUGCGUUGUCAUCCGCGGUGUUUGUGAUUAUACCGACUCGCACAAGAACAAGGAAUGGCAGGGAUAUGCAGCCCUAGCAGCCGCAGCAUAUACAAAAGAGCUGCUGGGCUAUGUCCCUGUUGGCCAUAUUUCACAGGAGAGCUUGGUAGUAGAUAUAUGCAACGGGUUGAAGGCCGAAAUAGAAGGCACAAACCAACGCCUGGACCAAGCAUAUAGUCAACAAGAACGACAUCAUCGUGAGAAGGUUGCGGUUGCUUUGACGGAUCAGCAAAACCGUUGUCUUCAAACAUUCAAGAUAUCAACUUAUGAGGAGCAAAAGAACAUCAAUCCGAGAAAAGUGGAAGGAACCUGCCUAUGGGCUUUACAGAGCGCCGAAUAUAUCCGUUGGUCGGAGAGCAGCUGUAACGAUCUUCUCUGGGUGUCUGCCGACCCAGGCUGUGGGAAGUCUGUACUUUCCCGAUCGAUAAUCGAAGACUGCUUCGAAAUUUCUUGUCCAGAAGUGACAAUCUGUUACUUCUUUUUCAAAGACAAUGAUGAACAGAAUCACCUUGCUUUAGCGCUUUGCUCGGUACUCCAUCAGCUUUUUAGCCAGCGGCCUCAGCUCUUGCGUCAUGCCAUACCGUCUUGGGGAAAAAAUGGGAAGAAGCUCCAACAAGAGGUUGACGAACAGUGGAGAAUUUUUACAAGCGCCGUUUUAGCUGAUGAAUUAUGCAAGACGAUCUGCAUAUUCGAUGCGCUUGAUGAAUGCCGUGAGAUUGACCAGAACCGAUUGAUUGAGAAGCUCCAGUUGUUUCACCGCCUAUCACGUCCGGGGACACAGGAUAACUGGUUAAAAUUCCUAGUCACUAGUCGCCCUUAUGACGAUAUCCAGAAUAGUUUUCGAGCAAUUACGGACUCUUUCCCACAUCUUCAUCUGGAAGGGGAGAAAGAAAAUGAUCAGAUCCACCAAGAAAUCGAUUUUGUCGUGAAGAUACGAGUAAAGGAGCUCGUUGAAAGAGCGGCGUUGUCACGGGACACAGAGAAGCGACUGGAGCAACAGCUUCUGCAAAUGGAGCACCGUACGUAUCUCUGGCUACAUUUAGCCAUGGACGAUAUUCAAUCUACACUCGAGGACAGCCUUCGCCCGGCUGAGGAGUCAAUCGAAGUGAUACCUCAAUCAGUAGAUGAGGCAUACGAAAAGAUUCUUAGUCGAGUGCCCUCCCGCCAAGUGGACAUUGCGAGGAAGAUCUUACAAAUUAUCGUCGCAGCACGGCGCCCUUUAACAACGGCGGAAAUGGCCAUGGCGCUCGGUAUUGCCACCUCCCCACAAGCCCAAACUGCAGCAAAGGCCGGACUUGAAUCAUCCCAGAUCGACAAAAAGCUCCGUCGAUUAUGUGGCCUUUUUGUUUUCAUCAAUAACUCCAAGAUCUACUUGAUUCAUCAGACAGCAAGAGAAUUCCUGGUGAAGAAGAGUAGUUCCAAUAGUGUCAACUACUUAUACUCGUGGACCUUGACUGACACCGAGGAUCAAAUGGCUGUUAUCUGUUUACGAUACCUAUUGAUGGAAGAUCUGGAUCAAGAUCAUGAUGAUCCAUGCUCAAACAUUCGAAGCUUUCUAGAUUAUUCAGCAUUGUAUUGGCCGGACCACAAACGGGAGAUGAGUCUGACCCAAGACCAAGAAGUAACCAGUCAAGUUCGGCAAAUAGAUCCGCCGUCAAUGACUGCGUUACAUCUGGCAUCAUUUAACGGACAUGAGCGGGAGGUUGAAUUUCUACUGUCUCUUGAUGGAAAACAUAUCAACUCGACCGAUGGUACCCGAGCCUACCCUAUCAUCUCGGCCUCACGGAAUGGUUAUGAGAAGGUCGUACAGUUGCUGCUAGAAAAAGGAGCCGAGAUCAACGCCCAAGGUGGACGCUAUGGGAAUGCUCUUCAAGCUGCCUCUUCCAGAGGACACGAUAAGAUUGUCGAGUUGCUGCUAGAAAAUGGAGCCGAGGUCAACGCCCAAGAUGAAGAGAAUGGAAAUGCUCUCCAAGAUGCCUCUUAUGGAGGGCACGACAGGGCCGUGGAGUUGCUGCUAGAGAACGGAGCCGAGGUCAACGCCCAAGGCGGACACUUCGGAAAUGCUCUCCAAGCUGCCUCUCAUGGAGGGCACGAUAAGAUCGUGGAGUUGCUGCUAGAGAAAGGAGCCGAGGUCAACGCCCAAGGUGGAGAGUAUGGAAAUGCUCUUCAAGCUGUGUGUUCUGAAGGGCACGAUAAGAUCGUGGAGUUGCUGCUAGAGAAAGGAGCCGAGGUCAACGCCCAAGGUGGACACUUCGGAAAUGCUCUCCAAGCUGCCUCUUAUAGAGGGCACGAUAAGAUUGUGCAGUUGCUGCUAGAGAAAGGAGCCGAGGUCAACUCCCAAGGUGGAGACUAUGGAAAUGCUCUUCAAGCUGCCUCUCGUGGAGGGCACGAUAGGGUCGUGCCGUUGCUGUUAGAGAAAGGAGCCGAGGUCAACGCCCAAGGCGGACGCUAUGGGAAUGCUCUUCAAGCUGCCUCUUCCAGAGGACACGAUAGGAUUGUCGAGUUGCUGCUAGAGAAAGGAGCCGAGGCCAACGCCCAAGGUGAAAUGUCUGGAAAUGCUCUCCAAGCUGUGGCGUAUGUACGCUAG